AUGGAAACCGGGGGCGGCGUAUCUGACGUGAUGGCAAACUCUGUUCAGCUCACAGGGUAUACUGCAGGCAUCCCGCACAGCGCGCUCAACACGUUCGCCGUCGGAUACGUCGGCCUGCACCUCCUGUACAACUUCAUCUACAUCAACCAGACUACUGAGGCUGUCGGCAACCUCCGGUCUAUGUCCUUCUUUGCUAGUCUUUCGCUUCCCUUGACUCUCCUCAUCAAGUCUGCAAACAAGGUCGCGGCGACCGGUUUCUGA